GCUCUUGGACACUAAAACCCACGGCACAUUUGCAAAAAAAAAGGUGUAACGCUGUGCUUGAAUUGGCUUGUAUCUCUCUCUCUCUCUCUCUCUCUCUCUCUCUCUCUCUAGGACUGUGCGCUGCUGGCAUCACACAGCGUGCAGGAGGAGAGAGGGAGUCGACUGGGAGGGAAGCUCUCUGCCAUAAUCCUUUCCUUUUCUUCACUCCUUUCUUCCCUCCUCUCCCCCUGCACCUCAUUAGAUCACAUCGUCUCUGCACGGUCACCUCCACGCGAGGCACAGCUCUUUUCCCUUCAUCUUUCCAUCUCUCUCCGCUCAGCCCAUCUCUUACUCCUUCCCUCCGUUUGCUCCUCUCCUCUCUCUCGCUCGGGCACCAGGGGCAGGACACGGCUUCGGCUACACCGGGCACGCGGAGGGGACCCCGGAGCCCCAAACCAGCGGCCCGGAGGGGGGCACCAGGGUACCAGCCCCCUUUCACACCAGCCGGCACCUCCAAUUACUUGCUGCAGACUCUCAGCUUCCAGAAGUCGCCUUCCCAUUGGAGGGCACCACGGGACAAAGACCCGGCCAGAAAAAAGCAGGAAGACGGAAUGUCGCUAGCGGUGCAGGACAUAACGGCCACCUCGGCCACCGUCGCCUGGUCAGCCGUCCCAGGGGGCUGCAGGGGGGGCUUCUACAGCGUGAUGUACCACCCCAACUGGAACAGUCUGCUGACGGGCCACGCCCACCGGAACUUCCUGCGCGAGGUGGCGGUGCCGGCCGGUCAGACCAGCGCCGGCCUGGGAGACCUCAGCCCCCGCACCACCUACGUGCUGUGCGUGACGUGCCAGGCCGCCACGCCCGCCAGCCCCGCCCACCUCUCCCGCGACCGCUGCCGGGUCUUUAACACCCUGGAGGAGGAGGCGGCGCCCGGGAGCAGGGCAUGGGACGGGGCCAGCGGCGAGCUGGCCAUGGGGGUGUGGCUGGCCAGCACCAUCCUGCUGGCGGUCAUCGCCGGGGUCCUCCUGUAUGGCUGCCUCCGGGCCUGGUGCCACUGGGAGCAGGACUGGAACGGCAAGGGGGCCGCGCGACGCCCCAGCUCCGCCUCCUCCACGGGGAGCCCCAGCCGGUCGGCCGUGACCCCGCCUCCUCGCACCUGCGCCCCGGAACAAGCGACGCUGUCCGCGCAGCCCGACCCACAGGAACCCCGCGCAACGCCUUAAACCCUCCCACCUGCCCCCGCGACUGCAUUCCACAGUCCCAUCGCUCCUUAUACUACUGCUAGAGAGGCCUGCUGUUAGCUUAUGGGACAAACUCCACAUAAAACGGACACAAAUUCAAUGACAUUUGGACCCUUGAUGCUUUUAUUGCUUCAGGAAGACCGCACUGUAGAGUUUAAAAGAAGCUGGUGUGGGGGGGAAAAAAAAGCAUUUCAAAAUGCUGUCUAAUUUAAUUGCAAGCCAGUAACUGUGACCCAUUUUCUGAGCUUUUCAAAAAAAAUGUCCAAUGUCUAGUAAAUGUACUUUGCUAAGAAAAUAAAAUAAAAUAGAAAUUU